ACCCUCGGUGCCCGCAGUGUUCGCUGCGUCCUCCGCUCCAGGACGGGCAUGGGGCGGCCCGGCUGAGCGCCGCACCCCGCUGCUGAGCCCCCCAGCCCAAGGAAGCGUCCCUCUCGCCGCAGCCGCAGCGUGCAUCGGCGAUGGCGAUGGCGAAGGCGACGGCCAGCGCCGUGGGGCUGCGGUUGCUGCUUCUGCUGCUGCCCCUGCUCGGGGAAGCCCCGCUGGGACUCUACUUCUCCAGGGACGCUUACUGGGAGAAGCUAUACGUGGACCAGCCAGCCGGCACGCCCCUGCUCUAUGUCCACGCCCUGCAGGACGUGCCGGAGGAGAUGCCCAGCUUCCGCCUGGGCCAGCACCUCUACGGCGCCUACCGCACGCGGCUGCACGAGAACGACUGGAUCCGCAUCCAGGAGGACACGGGGCUUCUCUACCUUAAUCAGAGCCUGGACCACAGCUCCUGGGAGAAGCUCAACAUCCGCAACGGCGGCUUCCCACUGCUUACCGUCUACCUGCGGGUCUUCCUGUCACCCACAUCCCUUCGUGAGGGCGAGUGCCAGUGGCCAGGCUGUGCCCGAGUGUACUUCUCCAUCAUCAACGCCUCCUUCCCGGCUUGCGGUGCCCUCAAGCCCCGGGAGCUCUGCUUCCCCGAGUCAGGCCUGUCUUUCCGCAUCCGGGAGAACAGGCCCCCUGGCACCUUCCACCAGUUCCGCCUGCUGCCCGUGCAGUUCCUCUGCCCCAACGUCAGCGUGGCCUACAGGCUCCUGGGAGGUGAGAGUCUGCCUUUCCGCUGCGAUCCGGACAGCCUGGAGGUGAGCACGCGCUGGGCCCUGGACCGUGAGCAGCGGGAGAAGUAUGAGCUGGUGGCCGCGUGCACGGUUCGCAUGGGCAUGCGCGAGGAGGAGGUGAUGGUGCCCUUCCCUGUGACCGUGUACGACGAGGACGACUCUGCGCCCACCUUCUUCGGGGGCGUCGACAGUGCCAGCGCGGUGGUGGAGUUCAAGCGGAAGGAGGGCACAGUGGUAGCCACGUUACGUGUCUUCGAUGCAGACGUGGUGCCAGCCUCCGGGGAGCUACUGAGACGGUACACGAACACGCUGCUCUCUGGGGAUGCCAAGGCCCUCCGGACCUUCCGAGUGGAGCACAUGCCCAAUGAGACCUUGGCCCAGGCCAACGGCAGCUUUGUGCGGGCAACCGUGCAUGACUACAGGCUGGUUCUCAACCGGAGCCUCCCCAUCUCGGAGAGCUGGGCUGUGCAGCUGGCCGUGCUGGUCAACGACUCAGACUUCCAGGGCCCGGGGGAGGGUGUCGUCCUCCUCCACUUCAAUGUGUCCGUGCUGCCCGUCAGCCUGCGCCUGCCCAGUGCCUACUCUUUCUCGGUGAGCCGGCGGGCCCACCGCUUUGCCCAGAUCGGGAAAGUCUGCGUGGAAAACUGCCAGGAGUUCAGCGGCAUCCAAGUGCAGUACAGGCUGCAGCCCUCCAGCGCCAACUGCAGCGCCCUGGGGAUGGUCACCUCGGCGGAGGACACCUCGGGGACCCUGUUCGUGAAUGACACGGAGGCCUUGCAGCGGCCCAAGUGUUCCCAGCUCCAGUACACAGUGGUGGCCGCCGAGAAGCCAACCCGCCAGCAAGCGCAGGCCCUGCUGCUCGUUACCGUGGAAGGAAAGUACGUGCCUGAGGAGCCUGGCUGCCCCCUGUCCUGCGCGGUCAGCAAGAGGCAGCCCGAAUGUGAGGAGUGCGGUGGCUUGGGCUCUCUGACGGGCAGGUGCGAGUGGAGACAGGGAGAUGGCAAAGGGAUAACCAGGAACUUCUCCACCUGCUCCCCCAGCAUCAGGACCUGCCCCGAUGGCCACUGUGACGCCGUGGAGAGCAGAGACCCCAACAUCUGCCCCCAGGACUGCCUCCGGGGCGGCAGCAUCAUUGGUGGGCACGAACCUGGGGAGCGCCGAGGGAUUAAAGCUGGCUUCGGUAUCUGCAACUGCUUCCCUGAGGAGAAGAAGUGCUUCUGCGAGCCGGAGGAUAGCCAAGACGCCCUGUGUGAUGACCUCUGCCGCACAGUGAUCACGGCAGCCGUGCUGUUCUCCUUCAUCGUAUCUGUGCUGCUGUCCACCUUCUGCAUCCACCGCUACCACAAGAAUGCCCACAAGCCGCCCAUUGCCUCGGCUGAGAUGACCUUCCGUCGACCCGCCCAAGCUUUCCCGGUCAGCUACUCCUCGUCUGGCGCCCGCCGGCCCUCUCUGGACUCCAUGGAGAACCAGGUCUCGGUGGACACCUUCAAGAUCCCGGAGGAUCCCAAGUGGGAAUUCCCACGGAAGAACUUGGUGCUUGGAAAAACUCUGGGAGAAGGUGAAUUUGGAAAAGUGGUCAAGGCCACAGCCUUUCGGCUGAAAGGCAAAGCAGGGUACACGACUGUGGCUGUGAAGAUGCUGAAAGAGAAUGCCUCCCCAAGCGAGCUGCGGGACCUGCUAUCAGAGUUCAACCUCCUGAAGCAGGUCAACCACCCGCAAGUCAUCAAGCUGUACGGGGCCUGCAGCCAGGAUGGGCCACUGCUCCUCAUCGUGGAGUAUGCCAAGUACGGCUCCCUGCGGGGCUUCCUCCGAGAGAGCCGCAAGGCGGGACCUGGCUACGUGGGCAGCGGGGGCAGCCGCAACUCCAGUUACCUGGACAACCUGGAGGAGCGGGCCCUGACCAUGGGCGACCUCAUCUCCUUUGCCUGGCAGAUCUCACGAGGGAUGCAGUACCUGGCUGAGAUGAAGCUCGUCCAUCGGGACUUGGCAGCCAGAAACGUCCUGGUAGCCGAGGGCCGCAGGAUGAAGAUCUCAGAUUUUGGUCUGUCCCGAGAUGUUUAUGAAGAGGAUUCCUACGUGAAGAGGAGCAAGGGUCGGAUCCCAGUCAAGUGGAUGGCCAUUGAGUCCCUCUUUGAUCAUAUCUACACCACCCAGAGUGAUGUGUGGUCCUUUGGUGUCCUGCUGUGGGAGAUUGUGACCCUGGGCGGCAACCCAUACCCUGGGAUUCCUCCAGAACGGCUCUUCAACCUUCUGAAGACAGGCUACCGGAUGGAGAGGCCAGACAACUGCAGCGAGGAGAUGUACAGUCUAAUGCUGCAGUGCUGGAAGCAGGAACCAGACAAGAGGCCAGUGUUUGCCGACAUCAGCAAAGACCUAGAUAAGAUGAUGGUUAAGAGCAGAGACUACUUGGACCUGGCCGCGUCCACCCCAUCCGACUCCCUGCUGUAUGAUGACGGCCUGUCGGAGGAGGAGACGCCCCUGGUGGACUGUAAUAAUGCUCCCCUCCCUCGCACCCUCCCCUCCACGUGGAUUGAAAACAAACUCUAUGGCAUGUCAGACCCGAACUGGCCUGAAGAGAGUCCUGUACCACUCACGAGAGCCGCUGGCACCAACAUUGGGUGUCCGAGAUAUGCAAAUGAUAGUGUAUAUGCUAACUGGAUGGUUUCACCCUCAGCGGCACAAUUAAUGGACGCGUUUGAUAGUUAACAUUUCUUUGUGAAAAGUAAUGGACUUGCGAGGGGAAGAAACAUGCUGAGAACAGAAGGUCUGCCGGCCCCUAUUUGCACAUUGCACACUGGCUGGCGGUCUUGCCACCCAGCAGAUGUAGCACGCUGGACGGUGUAGGUGUUCCUUCUUCAGCCCUCCGCAGCACCCAGCCGGUGCAUCCGUGAGCACCACGCACUCCGCGCUCACACGUAUGGGUCCCUCACUCACUACCUGAACUGUUUGAUUUUUUUCUGGUUGCCUCCAAACAAGGCCACAUGAUUUAAACAUGAAGCACACACACCAAAAAAGGCAGCAGGGGAAAAAAACCUGGCCCAGACGACCUGUCCUUGUUCAAAGCAAGAGCCCGGCCAGGCCGCAUAGGGAUGUCAAAGCCCGACCAAGGCUGGAGGGGAAGAGGGGACUUCUGGACAGGCCUCGCCGCAACCUUCAAUAUCCUGUUUUGUUUUUUUUUUAAUCAUGUAACCUCUUCUUAGGAAGACAUUUGAUUCUUAUUAUGAUUAAAAUGAUCCUUAGGUUUAGCACAAUGGAGAGACGUGAUGCCACAUUUGGUAUGUAGGUAGGUGGUGUGAGGGGAGGGGGCUUCUAGGAUACAUCUGUCCACCUGGCUGAGAGAUCACACCCCUGUGAUGAGAAGUGUAUGGAGGAGGGGGUCUUGGAGUGGAGUGGACUCAUAUCCAAGUAUUGCUGACCACAGAGACUUGGCUGCCGUGAACUCCCCAGCCUACCCCACCACAGCCUUCAGUACCCACCCGUCCAGUGCCCCAAAGUGGCAGGGGCUCAUCUCACACAUUCAUGGUUGGGACUUGUGCUCAGUCUCAGCUAGUUAGGUUAGAAGUAGUGUCGACAAAUGACCCAGGACUGUGACACCUCUGAUGACAGUUCUGACGGGGAAACGACAGGGUUUUGGCUCUUACAGAGCUUGUGUGAAAAGGUACAUGUGUCCACUCUUGCUGUGUCUGUAACGUAAUGCUGCUAUGGCAAGACAUUUUUGUUCUUAGGUUCUGACCAUGACUCAUAAGCUUCUUGUCAUUCUUCACUGCUUGUUUGUGGUCACAGACACUCAGCACUCCUCCCAUCCUGUGGGGGCAGCUUUCGGGAAGUCCUGGGGGCUCUUCUUUCUGUCCCAACGCUGUCACUUUGCAGGAGAGGGUCAGUUACCAAAACACUGCCUGGUCUUCAGACUUAAAGCACUGUGAAAGAACCUAACGAUGUCUCAUGAGAAUGCUGGAUUUUAUAGCCAUUUCACCAAAGUGGUAAAGUGGUAAAAAUUAUGGCAUUUUUGUGGCCAAGAAGGCUUGGAUGAGUUUUGUGGAGGAGCUGUGUGUGUGUGUGUGCACGCAUGUGCAUCUGUGUGUGCACGCACGUGUGUGUGUACACACCCAGGGAGAGCACUGGAAAAACACUUAACUGCAGAUGCACCACGGCUUUAGUUUGGGCCAUUGUUCAGACGCACUGUGAUAAGUUCUUUUACAGAUAUCUAGUUGUGGUAGUAAACUUGUGGGUUUCAGAUGUACUUGAUGAUAGUCUUGUUAAAUGCAGAAGUAGGGAGAAACUUUCUCAAGUUAUUAAAAAUGCCUACUCAGUGUGAGAGGCUGUAGCAGAUUUGUCCUCAGCAGGGGGAGAACUCCAAGUCUAACUGGCUGACCCAGUGGUGGGGAGUUAACCCUUGACUCAUAACCUAAUUGUCUGUUCCUGAGUUAUCCAGGUACUCAUACUUGUUAGUCUAUCAGACAAUUUUCAUAUGCAUAUACACAGAAGUUACUAAGUAUUUAAGUAUUACUGAGUAUUAAGUAACAAUCUGUUUUAAAAUUUGUUAAAUCUGUUUAUGAAAGGUUAUUAAUCAUACCGUGUCAAUUUGCUUUUGUAGUCAAGGUGACUAAGAAAAUUAUUUCAGUUAUGUAAAUAAAAUCAUGUAUCAUACAAUGUG